AUGUCCCUGGACAAAAUGCCGGAUCUGGGCACGAAGCCAGUGUCCCUCACGGUAAAGCUGCCUGCGCAGAAGCAUUCUGGGGUUGACCGGCUGGCGGAAGGCCUCCGGGAGCUCUACAAGCGCGGGGAGUUCACAGAUGUCGCUUUGGUUUGUGCUGACCGAACUUUCUACGCACACCGGAUAGUUCUCGCAGCGGAGAGCGAGGUCUUCAAAACGGGCCUGGCGAGCGUGUCUAAAGAAACAAUCGAUGGAAGGCAAGAGAUUCGCCUGGCUGAGAUCUCAAACCCGGAGGCUGUGAAGUUCAUGCUAGACUACAUGUACCAGACUGACUCUGCGGUGUGGGAAGACUACAAUCCCAGGACCCAGGAGAUAAACAAGGAUGUGUUGCGUUUGGCGCAGACUUUUCGUUUGCCCGGUCUUACGGAACGUGCCAUGCAUUGGCUGGCAAAGGACCUCACCACGGGAAACGUCGUUGAGGUGCUGACGAUCUGUGAGGACUUUGGGCUGUCUCAGCUGGGAGAGAAGAUUCUGGAGCAGCUCACGCAGAACAAGAAGGCCCUGGCUGAAGUGGCAAACAGUCCGCAGAUCAUGAAGUAUCCGAAGCUAAUGCAGGCGCUGCUGCAGCAAGCUGCUGCUGUACCGGAUGAUCCGCCACCCAAGAAGAGGUCCAAGAAGUGA